UACUAAGAACGAGACCUAAAGGCUUGCAGAUCGGGAGCUCCAGGUUACCUUAGUCAUGCGCUCCCCGCGUCCCACCUCCGCUACGCUGGCAUUUCUAGCUGUGUUCUUGGCUGCGCCCUUGGCUGUGGCUGAGACCCCAUACCUGGUUCGUGUGGACGCAGCCCGCCCGCUGAGGCCUCUGUUGCACUUUUGGAGGAGCACCGGCUUCUGCCCCCCACUGCCUCACGACCAGGCUGACCAGUACGACCUUAGUUGGGACCAGCAACUGAACCUUGCCUACAUAGGUGCCGUACCUCACAGUGGCAUCGAGCAGGUCCGGAUACAUUGGCUGCUGGAUCUCAUCACAGCCAGGAAGUCAUCUGGGCAGGGACUGAUAUACAACUUCACCCACUUGGAUGCAUUCCUGGACCUCCUCAUGGAGAACCAGCUCCUCCCUGGAUUUGAGCUGAUGGGCAGUCCUUCUGGGCAUUUCACAGACUUUGAGGACAAGCAGCAGGUGUUCGAAUGGAGGGACUUGGUUUCUCUGUUGGCCAGAAGAUAUAUUGGUAGGUAUGGGCUGACACAUGUUUCCAAGUGGAACUUCGAGACUUGGAAUGAGCCAGACCACCAUGACUUUGACAAUGUGUCCAUGACUGCACAAGGCUUCCUGAAUUACUAUGAUGCCUGCUCUGAGGGGCUGCGCAUUGCUAGCCCCAUGUUGAGGCUGGGUGGCCCUGGGGAUUCAUUCCACCCCCUGCCAAGGUCACCACUGUGCUGGAGCCUUCUGCGUCACUGUGCCAGUGGAACCAACUUCUUCACUGGUGAGGUGGGCGUGCGUCUGGAUUAUAUCUCCCUGCACAAGAAGGGCGCAGGCAGCUCCAUCUCCAUCCUGGAGCAGGAGGUGGCAGUUGUGGAGCAGAUCCAGCAGCUCUUCCCUGAGUUCAAGGACACCCCUAUUUACAAUGACGAGGCAGACCCUCUGGUGGGCUGGUCACUGCCACAACCUUGGAGAGCCGAUGUGAUUUAUGCAGCCUUGGUGGUGAAGGUCAUUGCACAGCACCAGAAUCUGCUGUUUGCCAAUAGCAGUUCCUCCAUUCGCUAUGUGCUCCUGAGCAACGACAAUGCCUUCCUGAGCUACCACCCACACCCUUUCUCCCAGCGCACACUUACUGCCCGCUUCCAGGUCAACAAUACUUGCCCACCCCAUGUGCAGCUUCUGAGAAAGCCAGUCCUCACAGUCAUGGGGCUGAUGGCCCUGCUGGAUGGAGAACAACUCUGGGCGGAAGUGUCACAGGCUGGGGCUGUGUUGGACAGCAAUCACACAGUGGGUGUCCUGGCCAGCACCCAUCGCCCUGAAGUCUCCUCAGAGGCCUGGCGUACCACAGUCCUGAUCUACACUAGUGAUGACACCCAUGAACACUUCAACUACAGUAUCCCUGUGAUGCUUCACCUUCAUGGGGUACCCCCUGGCUUGGGGCUUGUCUACGUAGUACGCUACCUAGACAAUCAACUGUGCAGCCCCUACAGUGAGUGGCAGCACAUGGGCCAGCCAGUCUUCCCCUCUGCAGAGCAAUUCCGACAUAUGCGCAUGGUGGAGGACCCAGUGGUUGAGGCACCACGUCCCUUCCCUGCUGGAGGCAGCCUGACUCUACACCGGAAGCUUUCUUUGCCAUCACUUCUGCUGGUGCAUGUCUGCACACGCCCCUUGAAGCCACCAGGGCAGGCAAGUGGCAGCUUCCCACCCUACCUGUGAGGCUGCCUCGCUUACCCCUUCACAGCUACUCCCUCCUCACAGGUUAGCCGGCUGCGUGCACUGCCCCUAACACGUGGGCAGUUGGUUCUGGUCUGGUCGGACGAGCACGUGGGCUCCAAGUGCCUGUGGACAUAUGAGAUCCAGUUCUCCCAGAAGGGUGAGGUGUAUACUCCAAUCAGCAGGAAGCCAUCUACUUUUAACCUCUUUGUGUUCAGCCCAGACACAGCUGUGGUCUCUGGCUCCUAUCGAGUACGAGCAUUGGACUACUGGGCCCGGCCAGGCCCCUUCUCAGACCCUGUGACUUACGUGGAUCUCUCUGCCUUAUAAGAGCCACUGGCUCCUAGUGACUGGUGAGCCUGUGCUGACUGGUGAAUGGGGUCAGCCAAGUUGAGCUAGACUGCCAUUAGCUAGUUAGUUGACUAUCAGCUCCUUUUGUUGUUUCCCCAUUUUCUUUGAAAGUAUCUUUCUCUACCUCAGUCUUGGGGUCUGCUUUGUGGAUGAACACUACAGAGGGCCCAGCUGGAGUAACCUUUGCCUGCCUUUCUCCUUCUUCCCAGCUGUUCAAAGUUUAAAUCUGGAGUUGGGAGGACGCUCAGUGGGUACAGUGCUUGCUGUGCAGGCGUGAGGACCAGAGUGCAGACAUCUAUUCAGAGUUUACAGAUUACUCAUGUAAAGGCUGGGCAUGGUGAUGUGUGUCUGUAGCCCUAGUGUUGGGGGGAAGGACAGACACAGGCCAGGCUCACUGGCCAUCCAGUCUACCUGGAACUGCAAGACUGCAAGCUCCAGGUUCAGUAAGAAAUCCUGUUUCAGAAAAAUCAAGUAGAGAACUAUAGAGAAGAUACUCAAUAUUGACCUUUGGUCUACACACACACACACACACACACACACACACACACACACACACACACCUCAUAUACACAAAUACACACCUACCCCUCAAACACACCACAGAUCACACUAUGCACACACAGUCUAAAUUCUGUCCCUUUUCUGAGACUCGAGACAAACUCUUAGCUUGAGAUUCUGUAAUAUCAAAAAGAAAGUUAUGUACAUCUGAAAUACAAUUGCACAGGGUAAAUAUCUCCAUUUCAACAGGAAAAUAAAUGACAAGGAAGGAUUUAAUUGAAGCAAGACCAAACAUUAAAUCCUGCAGAUACAUUCCCAGAAUUGGGGCACAUGUUAUUGUGAUUUGAACUCUAAUGUGCUAGACAGUUCUAUCUUUGUGGUGUUGCCAUUUACAGCCCCUGUGACCUUUCUCCUAGGCUGGUGUCUUAGGUUUUCCAUGCUGUGAUUAAACAUGAUGAACAUAAGCAACUUGGGUAGGAAAAAGUUUAUUUCAUUUACAUUUCCACAUUACAAUCUAUCAUCAAAGGAAGCCAGGGCAGGAACCUGGAGGCAGGAACUGAUAUAGAAGUCAUAGAGAAGUGCUUACUGGCUUGUUCUCCAAGGCUUGCUCAGACUAUGUUCUUAUACACACCAGGACCACCAGCCAAAGGGUGGCACCUCUCACAAUGGCCCGGGUCCUCCCACAUCAAUCACUAAUUAAGAAAAUGCAACACAGACUUAUUGCUCAUAAGUCAAUCUUGUUAGGGUGUUUUCUCAGAGAGGUUCCCUCUUCCCAAAUGACUCUAGCUUGUGACAAAUUGACAUAAAACUAUCCCAGUCUUGCCACAUAUUACCUGGCCUCCCAAGUCUUCCUUUGAAAUCUGGCCGGAAGCCUACAUAACCCUGUAACUGUAAUUCUUGUAUUCUGUCUUCUAAGCCAGCAUGCUGUGGAUCACACAAAGGUCUAUUAUCGGCUUGAAUGGUAGUUGAGGACCCUUGAGCCAUCCAUGACUGCUGUAAACUUGGGGUGCCUCGUUGCUUAGCCCCAUGUGGGCAGAACAUUAUGACGAUGGUAACUUGUAGAGGGGAAGGCUGUUCUCCUCAUGGGGAACAGGAAGCAAUAUAAGGAUAAAAUUAAGUGUAACCAUCAAAAACACUUCUUCACGGACCUGCUUUGUCCAACUAGGCCCUAGCUCCUAAAGUUUCUAGAAUCUCCCAAAGCAGAACCACUACCUGGAAACCAAUUGUUUAACAUGUAAGUCCUUGGUGGUGCAUUUAAUAUUCAAAAUUGGCUGGAUAUAUCACCUUGGUUCUGGCCAUUGGAAAAACCCUCUCUCUUUAAGUACCAGUAUUAAGUGUGCUAAUACACAGCUACAUCCCUUUCCAGGUGGCCUGCUGGACACAUGUGUCCUUAAUUCAUUCUGCACAUUUUCCUUCUCUCCAGCAACCCAUGGAAGCCCAGCAUACAGAAAUUUGUGCUGCAGCCUAGGCCUGCUGCCAAGCUUUUCCAAGUUAGUAUUACCUACUGUCCAGGAAUAAGUCUGAAUGGAAUACUUGUAUAUACUUCGUGGCUACAUCCAAAUUGAGAGUUCCUCUGGCCCUGUGCCUCUUAGAAGUGGGCAGAGUGAAUGAAAUACAAUGACUUUUUGUAGUGCUUUUUAUCCCUUUGUGGACCUUAGGCUGGCCUUGAAAUCCUGAUCCUUCUAUCUCAGCCUCUGUAGGACUGAGAUUAUGGGUAUGUACCACCAUGCCUGUCAAUGACCCCUCACUUUAAAUAAAAUAUGACAUUUCCCACUGCCAUGGGAUCACCACAGGCUUCCCUGGAGGAUCUUGAGCUUUUCAGAGCUUGUCUUCCACCUCUUGGAAGUAUGUUUUACUAAGCCCUCCAGGGCAUGUAACUUCUUGCCCACCAAGCCCAGUGAGCAUGACCAGCAGGUUGCAUUAAUUUUGGAAGAGUGAUGUCACCAGGCAAACUUGAGGUGUGCUGACAUCCAUUAUGAGAAAGUAGACUGCUCUUGAUGAGAUAAAGAGUGCUUUCCAGUGGACAAGCUGAUGUGUCAGGCAGCCAGCCCUCAGAUAUAGUGGGUGUUGACAUGGUCAUGUUUCAGCAAACCACUAACAUUUAAUAUCCCUGGAGCAGGUUAUGAGGAUCUGGAGGGAGACCUCUCAGUCUCCCACUCUGUCCUGGAAACUGGAAAGGGGCAUAAUGGGUGGUCUUCAGUACAAGCCAAUGUUGUCUGCUGACAGAUGUCCCUAAGCUUCACUGACCAGUAGGCCACUUAGUUUUCAGGUAACAGGACUGCAGCCACUCAGACCUAUUAUCUAAUCACCGUAGGAGUUCAUCUUCCCUCUUCCAGGUGGGACCUAGCCUUCCUUGUUCUAGGUUCUGUGUCUGUAAAGUGGCUCAGGUCAGUAAUUAAUAUGAGGCCCUGGAGCAACAUUGUGAUAGUUUGUGCUGGCAAAGGUUCCUGUGGGCCCAUGUCCAGCAGCACUCUGCAGCCUAUACUCUGUGGUGUAGGUAAUAUCUCAGGCCCUCUCAUCUUGUUGAUGGUAUUUAUCUUACUGGUCCCUUCAGUGUCACAGACUUUUGCCGGAACAUUACUGUGUAAGUACUUGAGCAAUACCCUUAUUCAAGAGCCAGCUCAGAAACAUCCCAUCUGCCUGUGGUGUAAUUGCUUCCAAAGGUCUUUAGAUAUUGUUUGGUACACUGACCAUUGUCCCUGUGUACAUCAUGAAGGGGGUAUCACCAGCCUCCUAGCCACAGUAUGUGCAGGCAGAGUAUUGUCCAGGUCCCUCAUCCUGACUUUUGAACCCUGUAGGUACUCAGGCAUACACCACAGACUUCAGACCCUUGAUACUCUAGACAGUCAAGGCAGGAACUAUUGAGGAAAACAGCUUACUGGUUGCUCUUCAUGGCUUGCUCACCUUGCUCUCUUAUUCUAGACCGUUCCACCUGACCAGAGAUGGCAUUAGCCACAGUAGUCUAAGUCCUCACAUCAAUCAUUAAUCAAGAAAAUGCUCCCAAGACUUGCCUACAGGCCAAUCUGAUGGAGACAAUUCCUCAAUUGAGGUUUCCUGUUCACAGAUCCUCUGGCUUGAGUCAAGUUGACAAAACCUAAUGGUCUAUGUCAUAAUGUCACUUCCCACCCCGAUGACUGGGCAUAGUUGGUCCUUGUCUCUUCUCUUGGUCUGACUUCCAUAUCUCCUUUUCCUCUCUUGAUCCCCUUCACUCAUGGCCCAGUUCAGUUUGGACACUUCCAGAUGCCUCUGGCUGAACUCUCCCUCAUAUCUACAAUAAAACCCUUCUCCUCAACCAUA